AACUUUCUUUGUUCCCUCCCUGCAUGUUCCAUGGGCUCGUUUUUUGUCAUGUAACGCAGAUUUUCACGAGGGCUUGACAGAGUCUUUCUUCGGUUUCAUUUCUCUUGUUUUGUCUUCCUUUCACACCCUUUAUAGGAAUUGGGCCAAUAAAAUUACAUAGUAACUUACUAAGUAUAUGUCUCUCAUUCACAUUGACACUGUUUGCUUUUCUUUUUAUUUCAUUUCUUAUUAUUUUGGAGGGUCUCAAACAAUUGCAUACUUUAACGCCCCACGUUUCACCAUAUUUUUAGGUUGUUGCUCUAAUUCUUGCAGUGAGGCUAUGGGGAGAGCCACUAGGUGGGUGAAGAGUUUGUUUGGAAUAAGAAAAGAGAAAGAGAAGAAACAAAACUUCAAGUGUGGAGAGGCUAAAAGCAUGGAAUUCUGUUGUUCUGAGAGUACUAGUAAUUCAAGAGUUUUGUGUCACAAUCCAGGGACUAUAACCCCCAACCUUUCUCAAGCUGAGGCUGCUUGGUUACAAUCCUUCUACACAGAGAAGGACCAAAACAAGCACGCCAUCGCCGUUGCUGCUGCCACGGCAGCAGCAGCUGAUGCUGCCAUGGCAGCAGCACAGGCUGCAGUGGCGGUUGUUAGGCUCACCAGCCAAGGAAGGGGUGGCACCAUGUUUGGGGUUGGACCUGAGAUGUGGGCUGCCAUCAAGAUUCAAACAGUGUUUAGAGGAUACCUGGCAAGGAAGGCACUGAGGGCAUUAAAAGGAUUGGUGAAGUUGCAGGCACUUGUCAGAGGGUAUUUAGUGAGGAAGCAAGCAACAGCAACCUUGCAUAGUAUGCAGGCUCUUGUUAGAGCUCAAGCUACUAUUCGGUCCCACAAAUCUCGCAGGCUCAUGACCACAAAGAAUGAAGCAUAUAGAUCUCAAAUUAGAGCAAGAAGAUCCAUGGAGAGGUUUGAUGACACUAAGAGUGAGUAUGCAGUUCCAAUCCACAGUAGAAGGGUAUCAUCUUAUUUUGAUGCUACAAUUAACAACAACAGUGUUGAUGGGAUCCCCAAAAUAGUGGAAGUGGACACUUUCACGCCUAAGUCAAGGAAUAGAAGGACAGUAUCAGAUUUUGGUGAUGAACCAUCACUUCAAGCACUUUCAAACAGAACCCCUACGCGUUUGUCCAUACCAGACCAAAGGAAUUUUCAGGACUCUGAAUGGGGGUUAACAGGAGAAGAGUGCAGAUUCUCCUCUACAGCACAAAGCACUCCACGCUUCACAAAUUCUUGUAGCUGUGGCUCAGUUGCAGUACCUAUGACACCAAAGAGUGUGUGCACUGAUAACUUGUUCUUCCUAAGGCAGUAUGGGAAUUUUCCAAACUACAUGGCUAGUACUCAGUCUUUUAAGGCCAAAUUGAGGUCUCAUAGUGCUCCAAAGCAACGGCCAGAGCCUGGUCCAAGGAAGAGGAUUUCCCUCAAUGAAAUGAUGGAGUCUAGGAGUAGCUUGAGUGGGGUUAGAAUGCAGAGGUCUUGUUCACAGGUUCAAGAAGUCAUUAGUUUCAAGAAUGCUGUGAUGGGGAAGCUUCAGAAAUCCACAUAAUCUGUUAGGGAGACAAACAGAUUCAUAAAGAUAUCUAUCUCUCUUUGUUUUUUGCACUGUAAAAACUAUAUAUUUGUGCCCCCAAGAUUGGCAAUUUGCAGAUACAUAGGUGAUGGGUCUGGGAAUAUGAAGACAAAAUAGAAGGCAGAGAGAGAGAGAGAGAGAAGCUGCCCAUUGUUUUGAGAAAACUUUGGUCAUGGAAUUUUCAUAUAUUGUCACUAUAAGUCUAUAAUCAAAUGCAAGAAUCGCAAUUUUCCUAGUGUAAA